AAGAGAUCGAUCCUCUAAUUAAUCUCUCGCUCCAAGUGCUAGCUAGGGCCGGUUGAGCUUAAGCUCGUCGCCAGUCAAUGAACGGGCCGGCUGCACGGCACAACGUGGCGCCGCGUGCGGUGAGCAAUGCGUUCGCUCGCUCUUGUCGUGGCUGGGGUGCCGCUGAAAAUACAGUGAUGUGAUCCGUGUGCACGGACGCCCUCGCCGCGCGCGCUACAAAAGGUCCUCGCCUUCCUGCGAGUCCAGGCAGCAGCGAGCCAAAGCCAAGCCAAGCCAAGCAGCCGGUCUCCUGUCUGCACUCCAGUAAGGUCGCGAGAGAGGGGAAUGGCGGGGCGGGGAAGAGGCAGCGCAAGCAGCGUCGCCGCCGCGGUCCUGUGCGCGGCGUCGGCGGUGCUCCUGGUGGUGGCGUCCGCCCCGGGGGCGGACGCGGCGGGGGCGACGUACCUGGUGGGCGACGCCGCCGGGUGGACGCGCAACGUCGACUACGGCCAGUGGCUCGCCGGCAAGACCUUCCACGCCGGCGACAUGCUCGUGUUCAAGUACAACACGACGUACCACGACGUGGCGUGGGUGAGCAAGGGCGGGUACCGGAGGUGCGUCGUGUCGCCCAAGGGCCGCGCCCCGGUGUACCGCACCGGUUACGACGCCGUCCGGCUCCCCGCCGGCACGCACUACUUCAUCUGCGGCGCGCCGGGGCACUGCCAGGCCGGCAUGAAGCUCGCCGUCAAGGUCUACUGAUCGAGGUGACCAGCCAGGAGCCAGGAGCCAGCAGGCGGCUCCGCCCUGCGACGUUGGCAUCUAUACGUACGUACGGUGGUCGUGCGUCGUCGUGCCGUUGCACGCUCGUGUGCAACGGCGGUUUCUCCUUGUGUAGUUUCCCGUGUGGUUGCGAGUUGUGUUGUUCCAGUUCAUUGGCACGUACGUAACAUUCCCUUGUAUGAGUAAA